AGAGAUUCGUCAAGUUUGCGAAACAUCGUCCGGCGAUUACCAUCAACUGGGACCUGUUUCUUCGAAGCCGGCUUCUACCGUGAUCAACAACAUUGACGAAGAAUACCAACGUUUCCAACAUUUCCACAAUUGCGCUGAGGAAGCCGAGAGUCCUAGAAAGUACAGAAAAACGUCUUUCACCGGAGACUUUGGAGCUGAUGCCAAAGUGAACGAGCACGAGCCACAGGUAAUUACCGACUAA